UUAAACUCGCAGGGAGUCAUUCACCGUCGUCUCUCCCUGUGGCAUAAAUCAUCAAAUAUUUCUGUUUUCUCUUCUCUCUUGUCACCGUCUGCUCCUCAACGAUGGACCGUUGGACAGGAAAAGUAGCCGUUAUCACUGGUGCAUCUUCUGGGAUUGGUUCUGAAGUCGUAAAAAUGCUCGUGAAGAAAGGGAUGAUUGUCGUGGGUUUGGCGAGGAGAAAACAGAAAAUGGAGGAUGACAUGAAAGGUCUGUCAGGAGUGAAAGGACGAUUUUAUGCGGUGCAGUGCGACAUAUCGAAGGAUGAGGAUGUCGCCAAAGCUUUUGCACACAUAAAAAAGAGCAUUGGAACUGUCCAAAUAUUGGUGAACACCGCAGGAUACGCCACUCCUGGUGGUUUCUCUGUGACAACACCUGAAAUUUGGAGAGGUGUCGUCGCAGUGAACAUGAUGGGAGCAAUGUAUUGUACGAAAGAAGUGCUGACGAUGCUCCAGGAGUCGAAACUCGAGGGGCACAUCAUCAACAUGAACAGUAUCCUGGGACAUCGCGUCGUCAAGUUCCUGGAUAUCGAUGCCAAUGUUUAUGCUGCUACCAAGCAUGCCAUCACUGGAUUUUCUGAAACACUCCAGAGAGAGCUGAUCGGACAGAAUAUAAGAAUUACGAGUAUCAGCCCAGGUUUCGUUAUCACUCAGAUUGUGAAGGAAAAUAGUUUCGAUACAGCACUUCUCAAAGAGCCGGCGUUGGAACCCGUGGACGUUGCAGAUGCUGUGGUCUACGUCAUAGGAACCCAGCCAAGGGUCGAAGUCAAGGAAUUAAUCCUGAAACCCCUAGGUGAAAGGGCAUUUUAAUCCAAAGUGACGGCAGUGAAGUGGUCCAAUUUUUUUCGUCUCCGAAAAUGAAUUAAAAUUAAUUGCACAUACCAAUUAUUGGAUUUUA